AUGACUAAACAAGAAUUGCAAAAAGAGUUAAAAGAAAAAAUCAAAGAAGGAGUCAAACCUUCUCAUUUAAAACGCUCCAAAUCACUGGGUGACAUCCCCACUCCUCCGCCAGCUCCUCCUUUAAACAAUUCCGAGUUAAGUGCUUACCAAGCUGAAAACACAGACUUAAAGAAAAAGAUUAGCCAAUUAGAAGACCAAAUUUUAGCAUUAAGAUUAAGCAAGAUUAAAGAGUUUGGGGAGUAUUAUGAGAAAAAGACUGAGUUAGAAAGCGAAUUAGCUAAACUCUUAGCAAAAGAGUUUGCUACUUUAAAAGAGAAAAUUAUUAAGAAAUUAGCCACUAACCAGCAAAUCAUUACCCAAACUAACACUAAAUUACAAGAAAGCCAGAGGAAAUUAGAAUUAUCUUUAAAAGAAAACACUGCUAAUGAACAAGUUUUAGAGCAAUUAUUAAAGGAGUUUCAAGAGUUAAGUGAGAAGUUAGAGUAG